AGACUCUCUGGUCUCCAGUCCGGACCAGCUAACGCACGAAAACAAACAGCGGGGGCGCUGUAGCUGUCAGCUCGGCUCUCCAAACAAGGCGGAUCCGUCAGCUGUAAAAAUUGUUUGAAUGUUUGCAGUAGUUUGCCACUGACUUGAGCCUUUUAUGAAUCCAGCCUUUAUUAUUAGGCACAACGAUGUCCGACACUGCUAACGACACUUCCACAGAACGCAACGGAGACUCCGGGCUGAACGGCUCCUGGGUGGAGUUGGAGAUGAACAGAGGCUCAGCCGGAUCGAGCCAGUCGGCCUACUCCAGCGGACCAGCGCCGGGCCUGCUGCCGAUUCCCCAGGUGGAGGAGGAGGAGGAGGCCAUGGUGGGCGGGCUGGAGCAUGUCCCGUCCUCAUCCUCCAUCCAUAAUGGCGACAUGGAAAAGAUCCUUCUGGAUGCUCAACACGAGUCGAGCCGCAGUAACUCCUCCUGUGACAGCCCUCCCAGACCGCACAGUCCCCAGGAUGGCGGACAGAUCAUCUUUGACGUGGACGUGAGCAGCAGAAGAGACAGCCAAUCGGAAGAGGACGCCAUGGACAAGGAGAAGGACAUGGACAUCUUGAUGAAAGAUGCAGACUGGGUGGCUGACUGGUCUAGUCGACCGGAAAAUAUUCCCCCAAAGGAGUUCCAUUUCCGUCACCCCCGACGUUCGGUAACCCUGAGCAUGAGGAAGACCGGGGCUAUGAAGAAAGGAGGCAUCUUUUCCGCAGAGUUCCUCAAAGUUUUCAUCCCAUCACUGCUGCUAUCACACCUCCUUGCUUUGGGGCUGGGAGUCUACAUCGGGAAGAGGUUGACCACGCCGCCUGCAAGCUCUUUCUGAACCGUAAACCGAAGAUAAAAGUGCCUGAUAAGUGGCUGUGAAGGGUUGGAGGUCGGAGAGGUUUUGCUGUCGGGAGAAGAACUCCUGCCUCCUCUCCAUCUUUUCACUCCUGCUUCCCCUUCUGAGACUUGACAUGUUCUCAGGAGAGGGAAAAAAAUGCUUCUGUCUUCUUUCUGUCUCUGCUGUUCUCUGACUUUCUGCUCUUUUGUAUCAUUUGCUCAUUUGUAAAAGCUUCUCCACC